UCUUCUAAGGUGUUGCGGACAUUUUUCUACAGCCCAACAUGGCGGGCGUCAUCAGGAGGCUCGAUGAGACCGUGGUUAACAGGAUAGCAGCGGGAGAAGUUAUCCAGCGUCCUGCCAACGCAGUCAAAGAAAUGAUCGAAAACUGUUUGGAUGCAAAGGCUUCCAGCAUCCAGGUGACGGUGAAGGACGGAGGCCUGAAGCUCCUCCAGAUCCAGGACAACGGCACAGGGAUCAGGAGAGAGGACAUGGAGAUUGUUUGUGAGAGGUUCACCACCAGCAAACUGCAGACCUUUGAGGACCUGUCAGCUAUCGCCACCUAUGGGUUCAGAGGAGAGGCUCUGGCCAGUAUCAGCCACGUGGCUCAUGUUACCAUAACGACCAAGACAGCUGAUGCAAAGUGUGCUUACAGAGCCAGCUACAGCGAUGGCAAACUGAAGGGCCCGCCCAAGCCGUGCGCCGGUAACCAGGGGACCCAGAUCCUUGUGGAGGACCUUUUCUAUAACGUGUCCACCAGGAGGAAAGCUCUGAAGAGCCCAGGAGACGAGUACUCCAGGAUCGUGGAGGUGGUCAGCAGGUACGCGAUACACAACUCUGGUAAAAGCUUCUCAGUUAAAAAGCAAGGAGAGACGGUGGCCGACGUGAGGACGCUUCCUAACGCCUCCGUCGUGGACAACAUCCGCAGCGUUUUCGGAAACGCGGUCAGCAGGGAGCUGAUCGAAGUUGGCUGCGAAGAUCCGAAGCUCGCGUUCACCUUAAAAGGCUACAUCUCCAACGCCAACUACUCUGUGAAGAAAUGCAUCCUGGUCCUGUUCAUCAACCACCGUCUGGUGGAGUCGAGCGCUUUGAAGAAGGCGGUGGAGAGGGUUUACGCUGCGUACCUUCCCAAGAACACGCACCCCUUCCUGUACCUCAGCUUGGAAAUCGCCCCACAGAACAUCGACGUGAACGUCCACCCUACCAAACACGAGGUGCACUUCCUGCACGAGGACAGCGUGAUCGAGAGCGUUCAGAAGCACGUGGAGAGCAAACUGCUGGGCUCCAAUUCCUCCCGCACGUAUUUCACUCAGACGUUGCUUCCUGGGCUGUCGGUUUCUGGUGGAACCGAGAUGAAGGCAUCCAGCUCCGCGGCGGAGUCCGCCGAGCGCGUCUACGCCCACCAGAUGGUGAGAACCGACUGCCGCGCGCAGAAACUGGACGCCUUCCUGCAGCCGAAAGAAAGGCCGGCACCCGACCCCGAGAAGCCCGGUCCCAGCAGGGGGGCGGCUCAGCCGGACAGUUUGGAGAUGGACGACGCAGACGAUGCAGAGAUGCUGGAGGCUGUGCAGGAAGCACAGGUGGAAGAAAGCAGAGAGGAAGGCAGCGUCACUGCUGAGGAGGCGCCAAGGAAGCGACCGAGAGAGGAGAACCGUCAGCCUCCAGAGAGGGAGGAUGACGAGAUGACGGCGGCAGCUACGCCCAAGAGGCGGGUGAUCAAACUGACCAGCGUCAGAGAGCUGAGAGCCGAGGUGACGGAGAACACGCACAAAGGUUUGCAGGAAAUGUUGCAGAAGCACUCCUUCGUCGGCUGCGUCAAUCCACAGUGGGCUUUGAUCCAGCAUCACACUAAGCUCUACCUGCUGAACGCCACCAAACUCAGUCAGGAGCUUUUCUACCAGAUUCUCAUCUAUGACUUUGGAAACUUUGGAGUCCUCAGACUGUCUACGCCGGCGCCUCUCUAUGACCUGGCCAUGCUGGCGCUGGACUCGGAGGAGAGCGGCUGGACGGAGGAGGACGGGCCCAAGGAGGGCCUGGCUCAGUACAUCGUGGACUUCCUGAAGAAGAAAGCAGAGAUGCUGGAGGACUACUUCUCCAUGGAGAUAGACCAGGAAGGAAACCUAACAGGACUGCCUCUCCUCCUGGAUAAAUACACGCCUAUAAUGGAAGGCCUCCCCAUGUUCAUCCUCCGCCUUGCCACCGAGGUCAACUGGGACAAUGAGAAGGAAUGCUUCAGGGACUUCAGCAAGGAGUGCAGCGCCUUCUACUCCAUCAGGAAGCAGUACGUCCUGGAGGCCGAGCCAGGGGAGGAGCCGGUAAGGAGGUCCGACUUUACCGGAACGAGAAAAACCUGCCUUCAGGUGUUUAAUGUUUGCCUGUGUUCCAGGAGGCAGAGGGGUGCUCCUGGAGCUGGAAAGUGGAACACGUCCUCUUCAAAGCCUUCCGAACGCUCUUCAGUCCCCCGAAAACCUUCAGCGAGGACGGCAGCGUGCUGCAGAUCGCCAACCUGCCCGACCUCUAUAAAGUGUUCGAGCGAUGCUGAGACACGAAACGCCUCCAGAGCUGCUGUUUUAUACGUGAAUCACUUGUUCUGUAAAUAAAUUUGUACAAA